AUGGCCUUCUAUGAACCAAAACCCGGAGGUAACCCCUCCUCAUUCACUCCCAUCCAUGACUCUCCAGAUCCCGUUCGCCACGGAGCCGCUGGCGUCUCCAGGGUACAGACUACCAAGCCUUGGUGGAACGCCCGCUACUGGCCCAAAAAGGUCUGGGCUGGUGUUGCUGCCAUCGUUGUUAUCGUCAUCGUAAUUGCCGUUGCCGUCGGUGUUACACAGUCCAAAAAGGAUGCCUAUCCAAACUACACAGAGCUCAGCUACUCAUUGAAGGAUACCUUUGAGGGCGAGAAUUUCUUUGACAACUUCGACUACUUUACCGGAUACGACCCCACCAGCGGCUUUGUCCACUACGUCCCGGAGUCCCAGGCCACAUCCCUUAACCUCACAUAUGCUUCGUCCACCUCUGCUGUUCUGCGUGUCGAUACAUCGGUGGGCCCCACCGACAACCCCGACGCUUCGACCGGACGCUUUUCGGUUCGCAUCACAUCGCGCAACACGUACGAUGACGGUCUCUUCAUCUUCGACGUCAAGCACACACCCUAUGGCUGCGGCACAUGGCCCGCCCUCUGGCUGACGGACCCCAGCAACUGGCCUGACAAUGGCGAGAUUGACGUGGUCGAGUCCAUCAACCAGGGUACUGACGGCAACCAGAUGACUCUGCACACGUCGUCUGACUGCAGCAUGGACGUCCGCCGCAAGCAGUCGGGCUCUGUCAAGUACAAGAACUGCGACCAGGCCAAGAAUGACAACGCCGGCUGCGGUGUCGUUGACGAUGACGACUCGUACGGCCCGGCUCUUAACAAGGCUGGCGGUGCUGUUAUGGCUCUCGAAUGGCGCGAUGCUGGCAUCCGCAUGUGGCAGUUUGCUCGCGGCUCCAUUCCCUCUGACAUCACAUCCAAGAACCCUAAGCCCGAUACUUGGGGCACCGCCACUGCCGACUUUCCUAGCACUGACUGCAACAUUGGCAACCACUUCAGGAACAACUCGAUUGUUGCCAACAUUGACCUCUGCGGUGAUCUCGUCUAUAGCUCCUGGGACAGCUCUGGAUGCUCCAGCAACUGCAGCGACUGGGUCGCCAACAACCCUGACGCCUUUACUGAUGCCUACUGGGAGUUUGGAACUUUCCAGGUCUACAAGGCUUCCUAA